AUGUCAGAACCGCUGCUUGAGGUGAUUGAGAAACAUUUAUCUGAGUUAAAUGUGGAUGAGUCAUCACCCGCGAUUAUACGUCAGAAACAACUCGCGGCAGAAAGAUUGAACAAGGUUAAAACGAAGCGAGAUGAAGAAAUUCGGUCUAUCGAAGAAGAACACAGAUUGAACUUUAAAAGAGGUGAAUUGAUACAAUUGCAUGCUGGUUUUGUUGAUGAGUGUAGACAAUACAUUCAAAGCUUCCUCGAUCAACUGAUGGACUGGGCAAAUAUCGAGCUAGCAAUUGAACUCGAGAAGAAGAAGAAGGGGGGUAACGCUAUAGCAAAGUGCAUUGACUUGCCAUUGAACUUGAAAGAAAACAAAAUACAACUUUGUCUUAGCGACCCGAAUGUUGCGCAGGAGAAAAACAAAAGAGAUAUUCUGUCUUUGAAGUCUGACUCUGAAAGUUCAGCUGACUCUGAAAGUUCAGCUGACUCUGAGUCUGACUCCAACUCCGACUCCGACUCCGACUCCGACUCUGACAAGAGGAAUAACAAAGAGAAUACCAAGACACGGAAAAAUAAGAAUAAAGAGCAGAACAAUGGAUUCCCAGUGAUGAUUGAUAUCACGAUAAGUUCAUUUGCCAAUGCGAGAAAUUAUUUCGAUUCAAUGAAAGCUGCAGAAUCUCGUCAAUUGAAGAUAGAAAAAGGUGCAGGAAUUGCUUAUAAAAAUGCAGAGAAAAAGAUUGGCCAGGAUUUAGUCAAGAACAUCAAAAAGGAAAAUGCUAUGGCUUUGAAUAAAAAUGAGAGAGUAAAAUUUUGGUUUGAGAAGUUUUAUUGGUUCACCACUAGUGAAGGCUAUUUAUGCCUUGCUGGUAGAGAUAAUUUACAAAACGACAUGAUUUAUUUCAAAUACUUUGGUGAUGAUGAUUUUUUUGUAAGCUCGGAAAUUGAAGGAUCGUUGAAGGUUUUUAUAAAGAAUCCAAUAAAAGGCGAGUCCGUACCGCCAUCAACUAUUUUACAAGCAGGUGUGUUUGCAAUGUCAUCAUCUCAAGCCUGGAAUGGUAAAAUUAAUACGGCAGCUUGGGUAUUACACGGGUCGGACGUUUCUAAAUAUGACUCCAAGAACAAUUUACUCCCUCCUGGGACUUUUGAGUAUCUUGCAAACAAGAAAUUCUUGCCGCCAGCUCAAUUAGUGAUGGGCUUUGCCUUUUAUUGUUUGGUUGACUCGGAGUCUACAAAAAUCCAUGCCAAUAAUAGAAUUCAUAGGGAGAGAGAACAUGGGCUUAUAAUGUCGUUGAGUAAUGAAAAAAGGGCUUUGAAUAAAUUAAAAGUGACUAAUGUCAAGGAAAAAACUUGCCAAAACAGUUUACAACCAGAAGAAACGAAAGAUCAGAUUGAAGAAGCUGGAUUGGGAAAGACAGAAAAUUCUCCUUCUCCUUCUUCUUCUACUUCUCCUUCUCCAUCGCCUUCUGUUGGUCGAGGCAAAAAAACAAAACUAAAAAAGAUGGCAACCAAAUAUGCCGACCAGGAUGAAGAAGAGAAGGAAUUGAGAAUGAAGGUUUUAGGGCUGAGGAAGAGUAAAGGUAAGUCACAGUCACCGCAAAAAGGCUUGUCUCCCACAAAAACAGAAUCGAUUGAAUCAAAAGAAGAUAUGGAGAGAAAAAAAAGGACUCAUCAACAAACAAUUGAAGGAUAUUUACUUGAUGAACAAUCUAGCACUGAUCUUGCUACCUAUUUUGAUACUAUGGAUGGACUUGUUCCCAAACCGAUAAAGAGUGAUGUUAUUGUUGAUAUGGUACCUGUAUUUGCGCCAUGGUCUACUUUACAAAAGUUCAAAUAUAAGGCUAAAAUCCAGCCAGGUUUGGCGAAAAAGGGAAAAUGCAUGAACGAUAUUAUUAACUACUUCACUUCCCGUAAGAUGGACAACACCAGGUCUGACACUGACUUGGAUUGGCCUCAAGAGAGAGAAAUCAUCAAUACUUUACGAUCUAAUGACUUGAUUGGGGUAUUUCCAAUUAAUAAAAUGAGACUCGUCUUACCACAAAACAAAAAGUGA